AUGUUCAAAGGUCUAAUCCCCGGAUUGAAAGAGCAUCUAUUGGAACCUUCUACUUCAGAAGAUGAACUACAGAUAAUCUGUGAAAUGAUUCAAAAGAGUAUCUUGGGUGCCCAGUCUGAUGACACCAAGGGCCUUAAGGCACCAAUAAUUGAUUGGAUUGCACCUAACAACCAGGCUCUUGGUCCUACACUUCUCCACAAUAUCAAGAACAAUCAUAGCUUCCAUCACUAUCAAAAAGAUGAACUCUUUUGUCCCACUGGCUAA